UCAAUUGUGGUUUAAUUUCAUCUCGCUUCACACUCGGUUGACAGAGUCGGGUUUGAUAAAAACGUCUGAGUGCUAAUUAAAUUCCCUCGUAAUUACUGACAGAAAACAUCAGCGUGUUUGUACAAUGCUGGAUGACUCAAACACACAUCCCACAAUCACCGAAUACAAACACGUUCAGAUCUACUGAAGCGCUCAUAAAUAUGGUGUUGUCUUGUGUUCAGUGCUGGACUGCGGCCCCGGGCCCCUGCUGAGAUCUCCAUCACUUUUAACGGUCUUCUGAGGAUGUGUCAGCUUUGUAUAUCAUUCACUGCUCUUCAUGCCUGUUUCAGGUAGGAAGUGUGUCAGGACGUCACUGAGGAGUGAUGCCUGUUGAAAGUGGAAACAGCGCAGCCGCCCGUCAAGUUAAACAGAAGCGAAAGUCGCACAGUCUCUCCAUUCGGAGAACCAACAGCACGGAGCAGGACAGACUAGGCAUGCAGAGGGACAUGCUGGAGGGACAGGACUCCAAGUUGCCGAUGGCCUUAAGAAGCAACUUACUGGACCUGUUCGGGCAGAUUGAACGCGAGUUUGAAAAUCUCUACGUUGAAAACUUGGAGUUGCGAAGAGAAAUUGAAUCGCUAAACGAACGUUUGGCUGGAGAAGGACAGACAGGUGAUGGUGGUGAUCUGAGCAAAGGAGCCUUGAAAACAAAAGCAAGUCACAGCACUAGUCAACUGUCCCAAAAACUGAAGACAACGUACAAGGCCUCCACAAGCAAGAUUGUGUCCAGUUUCAAAGCCACCACGUCGCGUGCAGUGUGUCAGCUGGUGAAGGAGUAUGUGGGACACAGGGACGGGAUAUGGGACCUUGCCGUGACCCGGGCUCAACCACUGGUUCUGGGCACGGCCUCAGCCGAUCACUGUUCCAUGCUGUGGAGUAUUGAGACUGGGAAGUGCCUGUUAAAAUAUGCUGGUCAUGCUGGAUCAGUCAACUCCAUUAAGUUCCACCCUACGGAGCAGAUGGCACUUACUGCGUCCGGGGACCAGACUGCACACAUUUGGCGUUACAUGGUACAGCUUCCGCUUCCCCAGCCCCCGGCAGACAUCAGCGCCUCGCUGGACGAUGACGUAGACUUCUCUGAUAAAGACGAGGCCGAAGGAGAGGCAGAUGGGCCCAAUGAAUGCCCCACCAUCCGUGUCGCCACAACGACCUUGAAGAGCCAUCAGGGGGUGGUGAUAGCAGCUGAUUGGCUGGUGGGUGGAAAGCAGGUGGUCACUGCUUCCUGGGAUAGAGCCGCCAACCUCUAUGAUGUAGAGACCUCGGAGUUAGUUCACACACUCACAGGUCAUGACCAGGAGUUGACCCACUGCUGUACUCAUCCUACCCAGCGUCUGGUAGUGACCUCAUCCAGGGACACCACCUUCCGCCUGUGGGAUUUCAGAGAUCCCUCCAUCCACUCAGUCAACGUCUUCCAGGGUCACACUGACACGGUGACAUCAGCCGUCUUCACUGUGGGAGACAAUGUGGUGUCUGGAAGUGAUGAUCGCACCGUCAAGGUGUGGGACCUGAAGAACAUGAGAUCUCCGAUCGCUACCAUCCGCACAGACUCCGCCGUUAAUAGGAUAAGUGUCUCUGCAAACCAAAGAAUCAUUGCUCUCCCACAUGACAACAGACAGGUCAGACUGUUCGACAUGAAUGGCGUCCGUUUGGCCCGUCUCCCGCGGAGCAACAGACAGGGGCAUCGCCGCAUGGUGUGCUGCUCUGCGUGGAAUGAGGAGAACCAGGCCUGCAAUCUUUUCACCUGUGGCUUUGACAGGCAGGCUAUCGGCUGGAACAUCAACAUACCUGCCCUGCUGCAAGAGAAGUGAUGCGUUCACACCCAGUACCCGCAUUUGCGGUUUCACAUGCGUAUACAAGCUUACCACCGGCCAUCCACGCAAACACCACUGAAUCCUCAAGCACAUUCUUCAGUGCAACACCUGCAGUAGAUUUAAAGUACAUUCAUGUUGGCGUCUAGUCACUGUCCCGCAUUCAGAUCUCAUCCUUUCAUGCCUCGAAAAACGUAUGUGAUGUCCGAGGAAGGCGAUAGACUUGUACCAGGUGUUUAAUUUAAAUGAAGUUGUGUAUAUCUAGUUCUGCACUGUCUGUUCUGAGGUCAUAUAGUGUUGUGAACUGACCCCUAGUCUUGUUAACUUGUUUUUACAUGUUUGCAUGAUUCAAGCUGGGACAAGACCGGAACGUUGCUGAAACGUUCCUUCAUGGCCUGUUGUUGUUACACUUAAAUAACUAUUCACUUGUGGUAUUUUUGUCGUGUAAUGUUCAAUUUGUUGUAUGUACAGAUAACCUUUUAUUUUAUGAUGGCAUUUUAGAUAAUAUUUUUGAUUUUUGUAUAGAUAUCUGCCUUGCUUUUUAUAGAAACACGCCUUUGCUUGUAACAUGCAAAAGAGACGGAGCUCUCUGCCUUUGUGAGCUAAGUAUAUUUACGGAUCUGCACCUUCUUGAUGUUCUGUUUGGAACUACAGUUAAAGCGGUAUUGCCGGCAGACCAUUUACAUGACAAACCCGGCUCUCUGUCAAAUAUGUGACGCAAAAUGCUGUAUAAUUGCUGUGUAAUCUUGUUCACCCAAAUGGAUACAAAAAAAGAGGGCUUUGCAAGUAAUGUGAAGUAGUUUUGGAGCCCAGGUUUGAUGUACGUUUGAUGUUCAAUUAAAUUUUAAGGGCUUUCAAGUCGUGUAAUAGUAAAUAUCGUAGUCAAAUGUUAUUCAGAUUAAUACAUCAAGUUCAUAUCCUGGUCACUGCUGUACUUUUUAUGUAAAAGUUAUUUUUUAAAGCAGUGAGUGGGUUCAAUAUUGUAAUAUUCGUCUGUACUUUUGGACCAAACAAUGUUGAUAUGCUUCGUGUGACCUACCGACGCUUUAUAUGUUUGCAGACGUACUUGUUUUGGACAUGUGAUAUGUGUGAACCACUGUGCUGCGCUGUAUCUACAGAAAACAUAGAUGAAGACGCUGUUAUUCGCUCAAAUGAGAUUCGAGACAUUCAGAAUCUUUAAACGGAAGCUUUGCCUUCGGUGUGUUACAAUCAGGUACUGCAUUACUGGACUAUUACUUCAACUACAGUACAUUGGACAUUAUAAGAAAUGCUGGUGGAAAAGUGUCGAUUUUUCUUUUUCAUUUAGACAAAACAAUUCUUAGAUGUUUAUUAUGAUAAAGAUGUUUAUUUGUGUGAUUUUUGUCCAUGUUAAUUGGACUGUGUAUUUGGCCCUAGAGUUGCAAUGUACGCAAAACAGCAAAGAAAUCGUUCAUCUUCUAUCCAGUUAUCAAAAAAAACAAGCAAACAUCAUGUACGCCAAUUGACCCAUCAGACACUUUGUUAAUCGUCAUUACUUUGUUAUAACAUUCUGUAUUGAGUCAUAACAUUUUUUUUUAUUUUUUUAGAGCAACCUAAUUUACCAUAUUGGACAAAUGAUAUAUUGCAUCAUCAAAACAAUGUAGAGAUGUCGAUUCUAAUUCACUCACUGCUGGGCUUCAGAAUAAAGUAAAAAUUCUUUAAACAUUCU